AUGCCUAUCGUGACACCAGCCUCCAGGUCUGGACAACACUCGUCGUUCUCACGAGUCAACUCGUUCAAGCGCGACUGGGGAGACGACCAGGCUGCUUCAGACGCAAUCCCUUGGAGCUCCAGCCCAGAUGUUGUCAGCCGAAAGCACAAUACCACAGCGACAACCACGGCCACAGCCACAGAGACUGCCGCCUCGGCAAAUGCUGCCGCUGCUGAAACGGCGUCACAGCGGAGAAGGCGAGCAAUUCUUGCUGCCUUGAACGCCGACAAUGCCAGUGCACCUUCAGAAGUCUCAGUGGGUUCGUCCAAAGCAAUUGCCUUUCAACCGGGACACCUUGCCCCCCCUCACUCAUUUGCAAAUUUGGAUGCCACCUCGCGUGCCCUGCCGGGGCCAUUCGACGGAAAGGCUGGUGCGGACCGUUUCUAUCAGCCAAAGCGGCCUCUGCCCUGGGAAGAAGAGAGCUCCUCUUACAAAAAAGCUAUGAACACCAUCACUCAGCCGACACUCGUUAGCAAAGUACAACCCAAGCUGAAAGGUUCCUCAUCUAUGACUAUCAAGCAGCAAGUCGUAUUGAGCGACGAGCAGAAGAAGGUGUUGAUGCUUGUCAAGGAGGGCAAGAAUAUAUUCUAUACUGGUAGUGCUGGUACGGGAAAAUCAGUUCUACUCCGAGAAAUCAUCACGACGCUGCGAUCAAAAUAUGUCAGGACUCCCGAGGCAGUCGCCGUCACCGCUUCUACUGGCAUUGCUGCCUGUAAUAUUGGCGGCGUGACUUUGCACUCUUUCGGCGGCGUCGGUCUGGCCACUGACCCAGCUGAGGUGCUUGUGCGAAGGCUGCGCAAGAACCCCAAAGCUUCGGCGAGAUGGAUGAAGACCAAGGUGCUUAUCGUCGAUGAAGUGUCCAUGGUGGACGGCGACAUGUUUGAUAAGUUUUGCAAGCUCGGACAAAUGAUGCGCAAGAACACAAAGCCUUGGGGAGGGAUCCAGAUCAUCGUCACUGGAGACUUUUUCCAGCUUCCCCCAGUCACCAAUGGCGGACAGCCGAAAUUCGCCUUCGAAGCCGAAAUGUGGAACGAAACCAUUCCCCUGUCUGUCAAUUUGAGCCAAGUCUUCCGUCAAAAAGACCCUCGAUUCGUGGAUAUGCUCAACGAGAUGAGAUUUGGCCGAUUGACAUCUGCAUCCAUCGACACUUUCAAAUCUCUCGCUCGUCCGGUCAAGUACCUCGAUGGCAUCGAGCCAACCAGCCUAUUCCCUCGUCGUGAAGAGGUCGAGCGCGCCAAUCUGUAUCGGCUAAACCAGCUUCAUACAGAAGGCCACACUUAUAUCUCUGUUGACGGCGGUAAACUUGAAGGAGCUCAAAGAGACAAGCUGUUGUCAAAUUUCAUGGCACCCAAGACCAUCGAGCUGAAAGUCGACGCUCAAGUGAUGUUGAUCAAGAACCUCGACGAGACACUGGCCAAUGGCUCCAUGGGCAAAAUCAUUGGCUUCUGUUACAGGCCAUUCUUCAUAGAAGAAGCUGGAAAGUGGGCGCCAGAUGCCAAGUUCCGAGAUAUGGACGAGAGUGAAAGAAAGCGAGCGAUCGCACUUCGAGAUGGGUCGCUGGAGAAAUGCAAAGCGAGUGGCUCGCCCCCUUUGCCUGUUGUUCGUUUUAAAGUACCUGGAGGCGGUACCCGCGAUGUGCUCAUCGAGCAUGACGUCUUCAAGUCAGAUCUGCCUAGCGGGGAAACUCAAGCACAACGCACACAACUCCCAAUCAUUCUCUCCUGGGCGAUGUCUAUCCACAAGUCACAGGGUCAGACUCUUGACAGGGUGAAAGUCGACUUGGGAAAAGUGUUUGAGAAAGGCCAGGCUUAUGUAGCGCUUUCCCGUGCAACCUCUUUGGAAGGGUUAGAGGUGAGAGGGUUUAGUGCCGACAAGGUCAUGGCUCACAGAAAGGUUGCAAUCUGGUCAAGCACUCUGAAAGAUCUCAAUGUAUUGUAA